AUUGAGCAUGUGUUUAAUUUAUCCAUGAUCAAAACAAUCUUUUUGUUUUUGUUCCUGGAUUACAUCAUUUGUAUCAUCGAACUUUUUUUUCGAAAUUUAUUUUAUUAAUCUUAACAAACCGAUGGAAUGGCCGUAAUAGUACGUAAUCUUAUCCUUGCAACAAUCAAUGCAAGCAGGCAUUCACGAAACAUUUCAACAGCAUUGUCUUAUAAACAUAGUAUGAACAAUGUUGAAAUUCUUAAACAAAUGUCCAAAAAUACUUUCAGAAUAUUGAAUAAUUCUCGAAUAGAUGUUACGACUACCAGUAUUUCAGCACAAAAUGAUUAUUUCAAAAUUUGUACCUUAGCACCACCUUUAGCACAGCAAAAGCAAAUCAUGCAUAGAUCUUUCCGAACUGUGAUGCAAUGUUUUGGCGCCAAAAUGCUGGCACUCAACAAAACGAUCACAAAGAAAAGUUUUUGUCCGUUGUUCUCAUCAUUUUUGGCGGUACUUUCUCGCUCAACAUCUGUUGAACACGAGUUUUCUCAUACUAUUCGGAAAAAAUCAACUUGGUUAUCAAAAACGAUGGAACAAUUUAUCAUUAAAUCAUCAAAAACCAACAAUGAAGACAACGAUAAGAAAGAAUCAUCAGUCAACUCAAAAACAUAUUUCGAUGAUCGACUAUUCGAAAUGCCAUCAAUGUUUGUGAGACAUAAACCAGAAACUAACCAUGUUCUUAAAAUAAUCGUUGAAGGAAAUAUUGGCAGCGGAAAAACUACUUUUUUAUCGAUUUUUGCUAAAAAUUGUUCUAAACUUUGUCAUGAUUCAUUGAUCGUACCUGAGCCAGUUGAUUUGUGGCGUGAUGUUGGCGGCGUCAACAUAUUUCAAUUAUUGGCUGAUGAUCCGAACCGUUGGAGUUUUACAUUUCAAUCUUACGUCCAACUAACUAUGCUCAAAAUUCACGAAUUGAUGCCUGAAAAGGGUAACGUAAAAGUAAUGGAACGAUCCCUAUAUUCGGCUCGUUAUUGUUUCGUAGAGAAUUUGCUACAAAAAAAGUUGUUAUCAACUUGUGAAUAUUAUGUCCUAAAUCAAUGGUUCAACAAUUGUUUGCCAGCAGCCCAAAUCGAUCUCAUCAUUUAUUUGCGAACCGAUCCAGAUAUUGUUUUCGAACGAAUUCAGAAACGAGGACGGCCUGAAGAAUCCAAGAUAACGUUAGAUUAUCUAAGAUCAUUGCAUGAUCUACACGAAGAUUGGUUGGUUCGUAAAAAAUUUCCAUUACCUGCACCUGUUUUGACUAUCGAUGCUAAUACUCCGUUAGAGGAUCUGGUGAACGUCUACGAAGAACAAACUGGCGGUAUACUACGUGAACAUCGACUUUUGGUCUAAUGAAAUUAUUUGCAUUUAAUUUUAUGAUUUAUUAACCAAUUUAUUUGAUCUGAUUGCAUUGACAUUUUUUUAAAUUAAAUAUAGUUAUAU